AUGAGAAGACAUUGUGAUAUUCAUCUCUCUCAUGCUCUACUGUGCACCGUUUUUUGUUGUCUUGUGACAGCUUCUGCAAUGACUGAGAAGGAAAUUUUGCUUGAAUUCAAGGGAAACAUCACGGACGAUCCAUGGGCCAGCUUGAGUUCGUGGGUUUCAAGUGGGAACCCGUGCCAUGAUUACAAAGGUGUUUCGUGUAACUCUGAAGGGUUUGUGGAGAGAAUCGUACUAUGGAACACUAGUUUGGGAGGGGUGUUAUCCUCGUCACUUUCGGGGUUGAAGAGGUUGAGGAUAUUGACGUUGUUCGGGAACCGUUUCUCGGGUCGUAUUCCUGAAGGGUAUGGUGAUCUUCACUCACUGUGGAAGAUCAAUUUGAGUUCCAAUGCUUUAUCUGGUUCGAUCCCUGAGUUCAUUGGUGAUUUGCCUAGCAUUCGGUUUCUAGAUUUAUCCAAAAAUGGCUUCACUGGGGAGAUACCUUCGGCUUUGUUUAGGUACUGCUACAAAACCAAGUUCGUUUCUCUUUCGCAUAACAACCUAGCUAGUUCAAUUCCUGCCUCCUUGGUGAACUGCUAUAACCUUGAAGGUUUUGAUUUUUCCUUCAACAACCUCAGUGGGGUCGUCCCUUCACGGCUUUGUGGCAUUCCAAGGUUGUCAUAUGUGUCGCUGAGAAGCAAUGCCUUGUCAGGGAGCGUGCAGGAGCUCAUUUCCUCAUGCCAAAGUCUGGAACAUUUGGAUUUUGGAAGUAAUAGGUUCACUGAUUUGGCUCCAUUUAGUGUCCUUGGAACACAAAAUCUUACCUAUCUCAAUUUAUCUUAUAACGGAUUUGGAGGACAUAUUCCUGAGAUCAGUGCCUGUAGUGGGAGAUUGGAAAUCUUUGAUGUUUCAGGGAAUUCUUUGGAUGGGGAGAUUCCCUCCAGCAUAACAAAAUGCAAGAGCCUAAAACUCUUGGCGUUGGAGUUGAAUAGGCUGGAGGGGAAUAUCCCAGUGGAUAUCCAGGAAUUGCGGGGACUAAUAGUUAUCAAAUUGGGUAAUAAUUCCAUUGGUGGAAUGAUCCCCAAGGGUUUUGGCAACGUUGAGCUUCUUGAGUUGCUGGAUUUGCACAAUCUAAACCUCAUUGGCCAAAUUCCUGAUGAUAUAAGCAAUUGCAAGUUUCUCCUGGGGCUGGACGUUUCUGGUAAUAAAUUAGAAGGUGAGAUUCCUCAGACUCUUUACAACUUGACAAACCUUGAAUCUCUUAAUCUACAUCAUAACCAGCUUAAUGGAAGCAUACCCCCAAACCUUGGAAACCUAUCAAGGAUCCAGUACCUAGAUCUGUCCCAUAAUUCACUUUCUGGCCCAAUCCCUGCUUCCCUUGGAAAUUUAAAUAAAUUGACACAUUUUGAUCUCUCAUUCAAUAACCUCUCUGGUUUCAUUCCUGAGCUUGUAAACAUACAGCGUUUUGGUGAGACAGCAUUUUCCAAUAAUCCUUUUCUCUGUGGUCGUCCUUUGGACACCCCUUGCUUGCUAAACAGAACUACAUCACCUUCAUCUCCUGGGAAGGCUAAAGUUCUAAGCACCUCAGCAAUUGUUGCAAUCGUUGCUGCAGCUGUAAUUCUCACUGGGGUUUGUUUGGUGACCAUCAUGAAUAUGACGGCCCGAAGUAGAAAAAAAGAAGAUGAUCAGAUCAUGAUUGUUGAGAGCACACCACUUGGAUCAACAGAAUCAAAUCUUAUAAUUGGAAAGCUGGUUCUCUUCAGCAAAAGUUUACCAUCGAAAUAUGAAGAUUGGGAGGCAGGAACCAAAGCACUGCUCGACAAAGAGUCUUUGAUAGGUGGUGGAUCAAUUGGUACAGUCUACCGAACUGAUUUUGAAGGCGGGAUCUCAAUCGCAGUGAAAAAGCUAGAGACUUUGGGAAGGAUCAGAAACCAGGAGGAAUUUGAGCAUGAAAUUGGGCGACUAGGCAACCUUCAACACCCUAAUUUAGUUGCUUUUCAAGGUUAUUAUUGGUCUUCUUCUAUGCAGUUGAUUUUAUCGGAGUUUGUCCCAAAUGGGAAUCUCUAUGAUAAUCUACACGGGUUGGGCUAUGCUGGAACCAGCACUAGUAGAGGAAAUAGGGAGUUGUAUUGGUCUAGAAGGUUUCAAAUUGCAGUGGGAACCGCAAGAGCCCUUGCUUAUCUCCACCAUGACUGUAGACCUCCAAUUCUUCAUCUCAACAUUAAAUCCUCUAACAUCCUCCUAGAUGACAAGUAUGAAGCUAAGUUGUCUGAUUAUGGCUUAGGAAAGUUACUUCCCAUUUUGGAUAAUUAUGGUCUGACCAAAUUCCACAAUGCUGUGGGAUAUGUUGCACCAGAGUUGGCUCAAGGCCUGAGGCAGAGUGAGAAAUGUGAUGUUUAUAGUUUUGGAGUCAUUCUUUUGGAGCUGGUUACAGGGAGGAAGCCUGUGGAAAGUCCAACCACGAAUGAAGUGGUGGUCUUGUGUGAAUAUGUAAGAGGUUUGUUAGAGACUAGCUCAGCUUCAGAUUGCUUUGACAGAAAUUUACUGGGCUUUACUGAGAUCGAAUUAAUUCAAGUUAUGAGAUUGGGACUAAUUUGUACUUCGGAGGAUCCAUUAAGGAGACCAAGCAUGGCUGAGGUUGUCCAGGUCCUUGAGUCCAUUAGAAAUGGAUUUGAUUCCCAUUAA